AUCAAAUGAAAUGUCCUCUCACAAACUUUGCAUAUCUAAAACUGCCUCUGUGUUUUCUUUGCAUCACUUUCACGCGAUAACAUUCGCAUCAUGAUGCAUCACAUUCGGAAUAAUUCGCCCAAAGCCAAAUCCAGAAUGUGCAACACGAAGCUGCGCGCGUCUCCAGACUCUCUGCUAAACGACGCGCUACCGCAGGUGGUGGAGAACGGAGGACCCCGGUCUAGAAAAAGGGGCUACAAACCCCCGGAUGUGAGGACGAUAUUCGAACCCUCGGAUCCACGCGUGAAAGAGGAGAGAGGAGAGGGACACACGUUUUGUGAAGACGCGGCGGACGCAUGGUGCGAUGUGUGUUGCGCGUAUAUCUUCCAAGGUGGUCUGACAUGCAUAGGUUGUAAAUACACGUGUCAUGCCCAGUGCCGUGACCAGGUGGUGCUAGACUGUCAUCAGAAUGCAUCUUCUAAUGGCUGCCCACUCAGUCCCCACUCUCAGAACCACCUUAACAACAAGCAAUGGUCACACACCCCAUUCCAUGAUGUGGAGAAAGAGAGAGAACUGCGUACUCAUCUCACACACGAGGAGAUCAGACAGAAGGUGGAGCAAUACAACGCCGCUUCACGAGACCAUUUUAAAAUGACACUGAAUUCUAACGGCUUGUACACCGGAUUCAUAAAGGUGCAGUUGGACCUGCGGAGGCCCAUCACAGUGAAAGGGGGCGGGGCAUGUGGGGUCAAAGGUCAAGAGGCGUUUUACCUUCCGCACGGCUCCAUAAACACACUGCACAUCAGCAGCAACAACACGGUGCGACAGGUCAUCCAAGCCCUGCUCAACAAAUUUACCGUGGCCGACAACCCCGCCAAGUUCACUUUGUUCAAACGCUUCAGCCGAGAAGACCAAGUGUACACCUGUAAGCUAUCAGAGGUAGAACACCCUCUUUUCCUGCGUUUGGUGGCGGGACCCAGCACAGACAAACUCAGCUUUGUCCUGAAAGAACAGCAAACCGGUGAAGUCAUGUGGGACGCCUUCUCCAUUCCUGAGCUGCACAACUUUCUCCGCAUCCUGGAUAAAGAGGAACAGGACCAGAUCUGUGUGAUAACCAGACGCUACAACAGCUACAGAGAGAAACUAGAGGAGGCCAUGAGAGCAGCGGGCAGCCCAUGCUAAUGCUAACGUCUAGACGGGAGAAUGAACUGCUGUCUCUAGUGGUCAUUGUGUGUUAUGAACACAAUUAGGUGCCAACGGACACCCUGUCGCAAAAAAAGAGGAGAACACUGGACUCCUUCACCUCUCAGAAUGCACCUCAGGUGCCAUAUUUACCCUCCCACCCUCUCGUGAUCUUCACAGUUUCAACCGCUGUGAUUAUUUGUCUUUUUUUUUUUUUUUUUUCAGAACUUUUACCUCUUGCAAACGUGAAAAUCGGAUCAUAUCUGUUUUUUAAUUUAAUUGUUAAAUGCUGUGGUUUGUAAAUAUUUCUGUUUGUUGUUUUUAAUUUAUGUGGGUGAAGUUUUAUUCUUUUUUUUUUUUUUUUAUUUCUUUUUUUUUACUGAGAGAGUCUUAUAUUAUUUCAAAUAUGCUUAUUGACCUGAAACUUAUCGGGAUUGUUUUGUUUUAUUUUUUUAAAUAUGAAAUACCAAAUGUCUCAUAAUGUGCCCUACCAAUUAUAGUGUUGGCAUUUGAUGUGCUGUUGACAAAAUUGACAAAUGUAGCAUAUUAGGAAGAUGACCUAAACUGUAAACCACAUGACCAAACAAAGGGAGAAAAGGUUUGACAGUGAAAGGAAGUGCAUGUUUGUGAUUAGAGAAGACUGAAUUGUGAUGUCAUAGAGCCAGAAAAUGAAGACAAAGGCAAGAAGAGAGGCAUUUAACAUUUCAAAAUCGUUAGUUGUUGAAGGAAUGGCACAAAAAUGAAACUUAAAAGCUAAACUGAAUUGGAACAGAUCUGGAAGUUGGCAAAUGAGUGUAGAGGAUGUUGGAAAGUAUGCGGAGGGAACAGUCACGUUGUGGUCUUGGAGCAAAUAGAGUUAGCUUCCUGACCUCUGCUCUUCUCAAGAUGUGACUGAUGUUGUUUAGGGUCAGAUGGUCUUUUUUAGUGAGCGAUUGGAUGCGUCUAUGGUCAUGUUGCGAAUCAGCCAAGGGUUUGAACACAUAAUCACAGUGAACAAAGCAUGUGUUGUUCUGUAAUGCUUUUAAACAGGGGUGCCACUUCUUAUCAACCCUGAAAAAAUGCAUUAAAGAGGAAGAUUACAAAUGGUGGAAUGUCACAGCAUCUUCCAGACAAAUGAUAAACUAGAUUACUAAAGUAGAUUUGAGAUGUGCUACGCCAUUUGCAUUUCAAUGUGUUGUAAUAUUUGUUUUCAUCUGUGAUUCAUGCAUAUACACAUCUUGAUGAUUUACCACAGAGUUACUGUAUCAGGAGGAUUCAAAGUUAUCUGUUCUGCCAAAAGAGGUUCAUUUUAGAGGUAUUUCUGCUUGGCAUUGACUGGCAUCUUAAAACGUUAUUAUGGCCACUCACAGUGUGGCUAAAUCCAGCUAAGUAAAUAGUCAAGGCUACUUUGUCACAGCACACAGGGUCAACAAUGUAACUGUUUUAAAUGAUACUUAUGUAUCAUAUUUAAUAUGUAUACACUUGCAUUCUUUAUGGUAGUGCUGCAUGAUGUUUUUCUGAUAGAUACUGCAACAUCAGUUUGUGUCUUUGUGACAUGCACAGCGAGCUAGCGGCAUCUUGUGAUCAACUGCUGCAACUAAUAAUCUCUGCAGUCUUAUGGCUCAUCUGUGUCAGGCAGUUAUAUUAGAUGCAUUUUUUUUUCCAAUUAAUAUUGUUUUUGGUAUUAUAACCUCUAUGACCAAAGAUAUCGUUAAGAUGCGUAGUUUAAUUAAAGUUAGAAACAAAUUGCCAAGUGCAAUCAGUUUGUGCACCUCACUAAAGUGAGGUUAAAUUACAUUUAUAUGUAUGUCAAAUGGUGUUACCAUGGCAAAUUUAAUUGUAAACACUGGGGUGAAAAUUAGAAUUAGAUUUAGUUGUUAUGCGAGUACAUCACGAUAGUCUCAAUAUUUGCAAUAAAAAGAUGGUUUGUCAGGGGAGUAAAAACGUUAAUCUUAAGAAUGCUUUAAGGGCACUUUAUAUUUUAAUUCAGGGAAUUAUUUUGUUCUUAUUUAAUUAGUCAUCCGAUGCUUGCAUCAGGAAGGGCAUCCGGCGUAAAACCUGGGCCAAGUCAAAUAUGCGGUCACGGAUGGUCCGCUGUGGUGACCCCUAAUGGGAUCAGCCAAAAGAAGAAGUCAUCAGAUGCCUAUGGUCUACUGUUUUAUAACUACAUUACUUCAAGUGGAAACUCAGUACUUUUUAUUUCAUAAAGUUCAACAAGCUUCUGUUCGUAGAGUAAGACUGUGAAUGAAUGUAUUAAAACUGUAAUGCUUGUAUUCAUGUGUUGUAAAGGAGUGUGGAUGAGAGCAUGCUGCUUAAAUACUUUAUUUGACUAUACAUGCAUGUGUUAUAUUAAUUCAUGCAUAUUUACUGUGGCUGUUUUAGUACAUCACUGGCCAGUGCUGUUGAGAUUUCUGUUUAACAGCAUAUUUAGCGAAUGCUCACAAAACCCAUACUCUGUAUUUGCAAAAAUGUAAUUUUUUUUCUUGUUUUGUUCCACAGUUGUAGGUUACGUUCAUAUGAUGAAGGUUUUUUUUUUUUACUGUAUGUUUUAUCUGUAGAGAUGGAAAUGGGAGGGCAUAUUGAUAUCUCUCUCAACCAGCCAGUUUAAAAAGCAGUUUGGGUUUUGAAACUGUUGGCAGAGGUGGCAUACAGAUACGAGCAUUGUCUAUGAGAUAGGUUCAGAAGAAACAUGGAUUGUUAGAAUCCAAAUAAAUCGUGAUUUCAUGCAUUUUUGACAGUGAUGGAGGUUUAUGGAGGUUUUCUGUGGGUUACUCAAUGUGUACUGUUACCGAUCGUGGCCUUUCUUGUUAAAGUUUGUUUCUUUAAAUAAAGAUGAAAUGUUUCUCAAUUCACCACAA